AUGGCGUUACGAUUGGCAUCCCGCCGGCUGGCGUUGAAGCCAAUGCCGUACGCGUUCAGCCGUAGCAUGGCCACGACCGUCGGCAACACCAAGGAGCCUUUGGGUGCCAUCAGUGAGGCCACUUCGUCCUCCUCCCCACCGCUCUCGCCAAAGCAUACUACCACCAUCAAGGAACCGAGUCCAGACCCUGAGUCAAAGAUCAAAACCUUCCAUAUCUACCGAUGGAACCCGGAUGAGCCCAGCAGCAAGCCGAAGAUGCAGAGCUACACCCUAGACCUGAACAAGACCGGCCCCAUGAUUCUGGACGCCCUGAUUCGUAUCAAGAAUGAGGUGGAUCCGACUCUCACAUUCAGACGGAGUUGCAGAGAGGGUAUCUGCGGGAGUUGCGCGAUGAACAUUGACGGAGUUAACACACUUGCGUGUCUUUGCCGUAUUCCGACUGAUGCUGGGAAAGAGACCCGCAUCUACCCGCUCCCACAUACCUAUGUGGUGAAGGACCUCGUGCCCGACCUUACCCAGUUUUACAAGCAGUACAAGUCUAUCAAGCCCUACCUCCAGCGCGACACUCCGCCGCCAGAUGGACGAGAGUAUAGGCAGUCAAAGUCCGACCGCCGUAAGCUCGAUGGUCUGUAUGAGUGUAUUCUCUGCGCCUGCUGUAGCACCUCAUGCCCAAGUUACUGGUGGAACAGUGAGGAAUAUCUCGGACCGGCUGUCUUACUGCAAAGCUACAGGUGGAUUGCAGACAGCAGAGACGAGAAGACCGAGCAACGAAAAGAUGCGCUGAACAACAGUAUGGCGUUGUACCGGUGUCACACGAUCCUGAACUGCAGCAGGACUUGCCCGAAGGGUCUCAACCCAGCAUUGGCCAUUGCUGAGAUCAAGAAGAGCUUGGCCUUCCAAUGAGGUAGCGUAGCAGGCGUUGCGGUGUAUAUAAGCUGUAUGUUGUGCUCUCAUUUCCCUAAAUAUCACGUGCCAACGUGCCACUUCGCCCAGAACAGCAUGUGUUCUCCAGCCCAG